AUGUGUGUUGAUGUGGUUGUUUUUGUGUUUGUGGGGUUUGGGUUGGAGUGGUGGUGGUGGGGUGGAGUUGUGGUGUUGGGGGGGGUGUGUUGUGGGUUUUUGGUGGGUGUUGUUGGGGUGUUGGGUGUGUGGUUGGGGGGGGUUGUUUGUUGGUUUUGGGGGUGGUGUUGGUUGUAUUUGUUGUGUGGGGUGUUUAUUUUUUGUUGGGUUGUUUGUGUGUUGUUUGGUUUUGGUGUUGUUUGUGGUUUUGGUUUGGGGGUGGGGGGUGGGUUGGUGGGGUUUUUGUGGUGUGGUGUGUUUUGGGGGGGUUGUUUUGUGGGGUUGGGUGUUGGGGGGUGUGGGGGGUGUGUUGGGGGGGGUUGGAGGGGGGGGGGGUGGUGUUGUGGUGUUUGGGGGGUUGGGGGGUUGGGGGUGGUGGGUGGGGUGGGGGUUUGGUUUGGGGGGGGGGGUGGGUUGGGGGGGGGUUGGGGGGGUGGUUGGGUGUGUGGUUGGUUUUGGGGGGGGUUGGGGGGGGUUGUUUGUUUUUGGUUGGGUUGGUGUUGUGUUGUGGGGGGGGGGGGGGGGGGGGGGGGUGGGGGGGGUGGGGGGGUUGGGGGGUUGGUUGGGUGGUGGGGUGUGGGGGGGUUGGUUGUGUGUGUUGGGGGUUUGGGGGGGGUGUGUGUGGGGUUGGGGGGGGGGGGGUGUUGGGGGGGGGGUAGUGUGGGGGGGGGUGGGUGUGUGGGUGGGGGGGUUUUGGUUUUGGGGGGGGGGGGGGGGGGGGGGGGGUGGGGGGGGGGUGUGUGUGUUGUGGUUGGGGUGGUGGGUUUGGGGGGGGUUGGGUGGGGGGGGGUGUUGGUUGUGGGUGGUGGGGUGUGGGGGGGGGUGUUGGUUGUGUGGGUGGGGGGUUUGGGGUGGGUUUGGGUGGGGUGGGGUUUGGGUUGGGGUGUUUUGGGGUGGGUUGGGGUGGUGGUGGGUGAGAGUGUGGGGGUUUGUGUUUGUGGGGGGGGGUUUGGGGGGUGGGGUUGGUGUUUGGGUGGUGGGGGGGGGGGGUUGGGGUGUGUUGGGUUGGGGGGGGGUGGGGGGGGGGGUUUGGGUGGUUUGGUGUGGUGUGUGGUGGUGGUGGGUGGUGUGGGGUUUGGGUUGGUGGUUGGGGUUGUUGUUGGGGUGUGUUUUUUUUGGGGGGGUUUGGGGGUGGGGGGGUUGGUGGGGUGUGUGGGGGGUGUGGGUUGGGUGGGGGGGGGGGGGGGGUGGGGGGUGGUUGGGGGGGGGGGGGGGGGGGUGGUGGGGGGGGGGGGUGGGGGGGGGGGGGGGUGUGGUUGGGGGGGGGGGGUUGGGGGGGGGGUUGGGUUUGGGGGUUUGUUUGGGUUGUUGUGUUUGGGGGGGGGGGGGGGUGGGGGGGGGGGGGGGGGGGUGGGUUGGGGGGGGGGGGGGGUGGUUUGGGGGGGUGUGGUGUUGGUUGGGUGGUGGUUGGGGGUUGGGUGGUGGGUGUGGGUGGGGGGUGUUGUGGGGGGUUUGGGGGGUGGGGGUGGUGGGUGGGGGGGGGGGGUGGGGGGGGGGUGGUGGUGGUGGGUGGUGUUUGUUUGGUUUGGUUUGGGGGGGGGGUUAUGGGGGUUUGGAUGUAGUGGUGAUGGUGGGGUUGGGGGUGUGGGUGUGUGUGUGAGUGUGUAG